GUGGGGUGGGGGCGUGAGUUGUGAAUAGGUGCUGCAACAGAAAAUUAGUUGCAGACAGGAGUGCAGAAGCAGGGGCGGACUGACAACUCAUGGGGCCCCCGAGCAAUAGGGGAUCAUGGGGCCCUGUGUCCUUUCCCAAACUCAAAAAAGCCUAUGAAAAAAGGUACCAGGGGCAUCUCAUGGGGCCCUCUACUGACCCCGGGCCCUCGGGCAGUGCCUGGGUUUCCAAAUGGUCAGUCCGCCCCUGUGCAGAAGUGAGCUGUAAACAGGGGCACAGAGGUGAGCUG